AUGUCGCCGCUCGCAGCCCUUGGCAUCUCCAUGCCUUCGAUGGACUCUGCGCGCUACGCUGCUGGCAAUCGUAGUCAACAACAGCGCCGGCAGCAGGUUUAUCCCCGCGACACGUAUUACCUGGCGUUUCGCGAUUACUACGACGGCGACUUGAGCAACGCCCUGCGUCAAUUCAAAAGCGAAGGGCGACGGGGCAUCAGAAUCCCCGGCCAGAACUGGAUCGACUCGAUCUGUUAUCACACGAUGGUCGGCGAGUGCUAUUACCAGAUGGGGCAACUCGACGACGCGUUGGCGCAAUACGAGUCGGCCCUGCAACUGAUGCUGAACUUUCCCGACUGGAUGAUCCGCAUUCAGUUUCAGCCGAUUCGGCCGUCGCAGCCGGGGCAGAUUCGCAACGUGCCCUGGUACACCUCACAACGACGCCCGCGGUAUGGCGAAUACAAAGACACCUACCUGAUUGGUCAGGGACAGCUCAACCCGUUGGAUACGGUGAAGCAGGGAGGCGCCCUGCAGGUGGCCGUGCUCAUGCAGAUUGGUGUGCCGGAGAUUGUGCGGUGCUCGACGAUUUCGCUGCGACGCUGGCGAGAGUUGCUGGGUCCGGCUUGUGCCGAUCAUACGAUGACCAAGGAACUGAUCGCGGCGUUCUCCCGCCGGCCGGGGCAACCGAACCAUUGGUCGGAGGCCUGGAUCGAUGUUCAACUUGGUUUGGCACAAAUGGCCGGAGGGCAAACGGCCCAGGCUAAAACCGCGUUGCAACGCGCGCUGGUGGCCGAAGGGCAGUUCGAUCAUCCGUUGACGAGUACGGCGCUGCUUGCCCUGGGGCAGAUUGCCCUAGAGGAAGGUGACUUCGCGGCGGCGAGUGCGUACUUCGGCGAAGCUAGUUUGGCCGCCGUGCAAUAUGCGAACCCCGACAUCGUGGGUGAGGCCUUCACUUGGGGGCUGACCACGCACCUGGCCAGCAAUUCGCCCGGCGUGUAUCCACCGCUGCGACAAGCGUUGGAGUGGACCCGACCCAACAGUCAGCGUCGCCUGGCGGCCUUGAUCUCGGUGUUGUUGGCCGAAAACUACGUGGCCCUGCACGACUCGCGGCAGGCUCAGGCUUAUCUGUCGGAGGCGCGUGGCUUGUUGUCUCGCAAACGCGAGAUGUUGGCCAGCCGGACCGGCGGACGGAUGAACUUUGUGCUGGCCCAGUCGUUGUUCCAAGGUGGAUCGACUGAGGGCUAUCGUGCUUUGAAUGAAGCGAUGAAGUUUCAGCAGAAGGGUUCGCUGCGGAACUUUCACAUUAAACUGGCCGAUCACCUGCUGUCGAAAGGGCAGCUCUCGCCCCGGGCCGCAAUGGAUCUUUACGCCAAGGUGCUGCAAGAUCCUUCGGCCGUGGAUUGGACCAACGAUCCAUUCGAGUCGCUCACUUUGUUGAUGACCCCGCACCCGCGGUCGUUUGCGAACUGGUUCGCGGUGGCGCUGGAACGCAACGCACCGGAACGGGCCAUGGAAAUUGGCGACCUGGCCCGGCGGCAUCACUUCUUUUCGACGUUGGAAUUCGGCGGACGCACGAUGGCCCUGCGGUGGGUACUCGAGGCUCCGCAAUCGAUGCUCGACCCUGAAGCGGUACUGCAGCGGCAGAACUUGCUGACCCGUUACCCGGCCUAUGCGACGCUUUCGAAAGAGGCGGAGACGCUUCGCGAGCAGUUGGCGCAGCUUCCCCCGGCCCCCGAUGCGGGCGAUGCGCUGGGUGAACUGAAGGCGGGCUUGGGCCAGAUGGAAGAGUACGGCAAGAAACAGGAAGCGAUUCUACGGGAGAUGGCACUGGGCCGGCUGCCGUGCGAGAUGGUGUUUCCGCCGUUCCGCACUACGGAAGAAAUCACCGAGGCCCUCCCCUCCGGACAGGCGCUAUUGGCCUUCCAUGAAAGCGGCGGGCAGAUGCACGCGUUUCGCAUUUCGGAAGCCGGCUAUGCCCAUUGGAACAUUGGGUCGUCGGCCCAGCUUCGCAACAAGAUUGAAGGCCUGCUGAAAGACUUGGGCCAGGUGGACGGCAAUCGCGAACUCACGCGCGAUAUUUUGGCCGACGACCAUUGGCGCGACCGGUCGGCCGACUUGUUCAAUACCUUGGUGCAAGGUUUGCCUGAGAACUUCCCGUUGAAGGCCGAGGAAAUCGUCAUUGUCCCCGACGGGGUGCUGUGGUAUUUGCCGUUCGAAAUUCUGCAGGUGCCCGACGGGAACCAAAUGGUUUCGCUGCUUUCGCGGUAUCGGGUUCGCUACGCUCCUACCGUGUCGUUAUCGACACCGGCGAGCGGGGCGGCGCGUGGUCGCGUUCGAAACACGGCGGUCGUCACCGGCAAACUCUUUCCCCGCGAUGACGAUGUCGUGGCGAUCGAUGAAUUUCAACGGCUGAGCAACACACUGCCCGGCACGGUGGCCCUGGGCGCGGCACUACCGGGACCAUCGUCGAGUUACGCUUCGUUGUUCGGCCGGCUUGUGGUGUACGACGAUUUGAUUGGAACCGAUGAAGCGAAGCCGUAUGCGUGGUCGCCCAUGGUAGCCGAUCGCAACCCGGCCACGGGAGCACUCGACAGUUGGAUGAAAUUGCCUUGGGCUGGCCCGGCCGAAGUGUUGCUGCCGGGCUAUCACACGGCGGCCGAGAACGGACUCAAGCGGGCCAACCCGGCGACCGCGGGCGACGAAGUGUUUCUCUCGGUCUGCGGGCUGAUGGCCUCGGGUGCCCGCACUAUUUUGCUCAGCCGGUGGCGACCCGGCGGGCAAUCGAGCUAUGACCUGGUGCGUGAAUUCGCCCAGGAGUUGCCGCACACUUCGCCGACCGAUGCCUGGCAACGUAGCGUUCAACUGGCCACGCAAACGCCGAUCGAUCCCGAGUUCGAGCCGCGGGUGAAGGCCUCGGGCAUCGACGUUCCGCCCCCGGCGAUCCAUCCAUUCUUCUGGGCCGGCUACAUGGUCAUCGAUACCGGCGAGCCUCAUGCGGCGGAUGUGGAUCCGUAA